AUGGGGAAAGGUAAGGCAUUACCAACUAAAUACCCUGAUCCUGAAGAAUAUACAGUUUCAUUUGAUGGUGAUAAUGAUCCAAGGAUCCCUACAAAUUGGCCAACAAAGAAAAAAGCCAUGGUUUGUUUAAUCAUUGCUUAUCAUUCUUCAUGUAUUGCUUGGUCUUCGUCUGUUUUUUCGCCUGCAGUUUUAGAAAUUGCUCAAGUUUUCCAUGUUGGUAGAGUUGUUGCAACAUUGGGUGUUUCAUUAUAUGUUUUGGGUUUUGCAACAGGUCCUGUUAUUUGGGCCCCAUUAAGUGAAUUGUAUGGUAGAAGACCUGUUUUAAUAUUAUCUGGGUUUGGAUUCACCAUUUUCCAAUUUGCUGUGGCUACAGCUAAAGAUAUCCAAACAGUUAUGCUCUGUAGAGCAUUUGGUGGUGCUAUUGGUGCAGCUCCGAUGGUUGUUGUUCCUGCUGCUUUUGCUGAUAUGUUUGAUAACCAACAACGUGGUCGUGUUAUAACUUUGUUUGUUAUGACCAUUUUCUGUGUUCCUAUUAUUGCACCUGUUGCUGGUUCUUUUAUUGUCAAUAGUUAUUUGGGUUGGAGAUGGACCGAAUAUAUUACUGGUAUAAUGGGUGCUUUGAGUCUGGUAUUGGUUACAUUGUUCUACGAAGAAACACAUCAUCCUAUAAUUUUGGUACAAAAGGCUAAUGAAAUCAAGGAAAGAACUGGUAAUUGGAUGAUUCAUGCAGCUCAUGAUGAAUUCACAAUAACUUUAAAAGAUAUUGUGGAGAAGAACUUGACAAGACCAUUAUAUAUGUUGAUUUCUGAACCAAUCAUCUUGUUGAUCAGUCUUUAUAAUGCAUUUGUCUAUGGGAUUUUGUAUUUAAUGCUUUCAGCUUAUCCAGUCAUCUUUGCAGAGGGUUAUAGAAUGCAUGGUGGUGUGGCAGAACUACCAUAUCUUGGUAUGGUUAUCGGUAUGUUGGCUGGUGGUGUUUUCACAUUUGCAAUGGAAGGUAAUUAUUUAAAAGCAUUGAAAGCAAAUAACUAUAAACCUGUCCCUGAGGCAAGAUUACCACCUUUAUUCUUCGGUUCGUUUGCAUUCCCAAUUGGUAUUUUUUGGUUAUUUUGGACUGGUAACUGGCCUCAUAAAGUUCAUUGGAUGGCUCCAACAGCUUCGGGUGUGUUUACAGGGUUUGGAUUAGUUACCAUCUUCAAUGCCUCAUUAAAUUAUAUUAUUGAUACUUAUUUAGUGUUUGCAGCUUCGGCAAUGGCUGCUAAUACAUUUCUUAGAUCUUCAUUUGCUUGUGCAUUCCCAUUGUUUGGUGUUCAAAUGUUGCAUAACAUGGGUGUUAAAUGGGCUGGUUUAUUAUUAGCUUUGAUUGGUGUUGUAUUGAUUCCAGUUCCAUUUUUCUUUUAUAGAUAUGGACAAAAAAUUAGAGAGAAGUCAAAAUAUGCAUUUGUUAUACCAUAA